GAGUCAUUUAAAGUACGGACGAAUCAAACUUCCGGCGUCCCAGAAAUUAAAAGCCUGUUUCUCCUGCGCCAAAACUACUUCUAUCCGCGCUGUUUCCGAAAAUAAAUUAUUUCUGCCAUUAUAUUAACAUUACAGCUUUAUAUUUAACACUCUUCUCGCAGCUUUGGUGCAUUUUGCGUCACCGCCGCGGCUGCUUUUACUCCGCUGCUGCUGCUGUGAGCUAACUUAACGCAAAGAUGGCGGAGGACGAGAAGAGUGGGGAGCCUUUGAAAGAGAAAGACGAGCUGCAAAUUCUCAAGGAGCUCGUGGAUGACCUGUAUAAUUUCAGAGAUUGCUAUUUCGAGACUCACAGUGUGGAGGAAGCCGGGAGGAAACAAAGCGAUGUCGCGCAGGAGAUCGAAAAGACACUCAAGAAGCUGGAAGAGAAAGAAGAUCUCUUCAGACACAAAGCAGAGUUUCUGCUACAGAAGGGCAGGUGUCUCAACGUGGCUCCAGAUUUCAGUUCCGUAGCAGAAGAGUGCCUUUCACGCGCUGUGAAGCUGGAGCCCGGCCUGGUGGAGGGCUGGAACACACUGGGGGAGCAGUACUGGAAAAAAGGAGACCUGACUGGUGCCAAGAACUGCUUCACUGGAGCCUUGCAACAGAGCAAGAACAAAGUGUCUCUACGCAACCUGUCCAUGGUGCUGAGACAGCUGCCGACAGCGGACAGCAACGCACAAGGCAAGCAGGUGCUGGAGAGUGUGGACAUGGCCCGGCAAGCUAUCCAGCUGGAUGUUGCAGACGGGACGUCCUGGUAUAUUCUGGGAAAUGCCUAUGUGUCCCUGUUUUUCAGCUGUGGACAGAAUCCACAGUUGUCUCAACAAGCUCUAAGUGCCUACGCACAGUCUGAGAAAGUGGACAGGACUGCCUCUUGUUACCCGGAGCUGCAUUUCAACCGAGCCACUCUAUUCCAGUACGAGGAGAUGUACGGGUCCGCGCUGGGCGGCUACAGCCGAGCCGCAGCGCUCGACCCCGGCUGGGAGGAGCCUCCGGAGAGAGAGAAGCAGCUGUUGGAGUAUCUGGGGAAAGUCAAAGAACUCAUAGAGAACAAGGGGAAGGUGAAGGCGCGCCGAUUGAGGACGAUGCUCUCUAACCUCAGCACGUCAUCCCUGGGUCCCUGCUCCUCCCCUCAGUUCCGUUCCCCGACAGGCCGCGUCGGCAGCCUGGAGCCUCGAACUCUGUCCUCCCUCACGCACGGUCACAACGCCGGGGUGGCCGCCCUGGGAAAGGUGGUGUUCAGCCUGGCGUCUGAGGGUCGCAUGGCCUUCACGUUCGGCAUGGUGGACAGCGAGGAGACGUGUAUAGUGGUGAUGGUGUACAACACAGCGGACAGCUGGGGCGUCCUGAUAGGAGACACUGUAGUCAUUCCCGAGCCUCAGGUCAAACGAAAUAGUAUAACGCAUAAAGAUCAGUCGUUUGACUUCAGGAGUAUACGAGUAGACUCUCCUCUGCUCCUCAUCGUCAACGGCAAGAAACAAAACAUCCAAAGUCAGAUCGCUGUCUCAGUCAGCUACAAGCCGCAGAGCGAAUGAGCUGAACAAGCGAGAGGAAGUGCAACAACAGGACCAAGUCUUUCUGGGUUUUUAAGAAGCGUUUGAAAAUAUGGACGUGUGACAUUUCCAAAGUUUGUGCCUGUUUUAUGUGUUGUUUUGUACAUAGAGGUCACCUUGUUACUUUGUCUUUAGAUAGACUCUUUGUUUAUAUUUAUAAAUAAUUCUUUUUUUGUAUUCUGUUGUUGCAGAGACAACACGGACCUCUUUUUUUGUAAAUGAAUGAACUUGUGAUGAUGACAAUGUGAUGUCAGAAUUGUGACUUAAGUUUACCCCGAAAUAUAAAAUCCUUUCAUCCUAAACGCUGUUUGAGUGGUGUAGAUCGCAAAGUAGGGUCGCAGGGCCACCAGGUGUCCCCAAAACUGUUGUUUGAAAUGCACAAAAAAAAAUCCACACAUUGGGCCUCAUUCACUAAUAUGUGCGUGGAAAUGUUCUUACUUUGCGCACAAAAUAAGUGCGUAUGCAAAAUCACCGUGGGAUUCAUGACACCUGCGCAGCGGCCAAUUUUGUUCUUACCACCUUGCGUAUGUGUGUGAAUCAGAAUCAUUCUAAAUUGACAGGCGCGUGUCCGCGAUCUGCAAUCAGCAUACUACCACGCCCCCGUUUCUCCAUAUAAGGAAACAGCUUGCCUAGAUUUGAUUCAUGAAUGAAGGAAGCGGUUACGCGAGGAGAGAAGUAGUAAAUGUCACAGUUUGUUAGAAGCGAUGGCGCCGGGUCUUACAGGAAUGCCAUGGGUCGUUGCAAGAUUGUGGAGGACACAGCAUGCCAGGAUGAUCUUGCACACCUUCUCAGGGGUAUAAAGUAGUUUGCCAACGGCCGUAUCUGAUCCAAACACAUCCAACGGCCCUUAAGCACGCCAAAAGUGCGCUCUACGGCGCGUGUGUGGGCAUGUAUGUUAUUAUAGCGCACCUCUUGAGGGGUUUCAAGGUUUGCGUAUGGUGUCAUCAGCCAUGUUUUAAGGCCAUAUGCCCGGUCACCCAAACAAUAUAACAUUUUAACAUUAACGGAAUAGAGACUUACUAAAAAUACUAACUAAAAGCAAUUGAAAUAAAAGACUAGAACAAAAGAUGCUCACCAACAAGCCAUCCACUUCUCACAGCCCCUGCCUCCAAACGCAUUCCCACUGUACUGUUUUGCAAAAUAAAUGAGUCGUGGGUGCCUCCUGGCCAGCGGGCCACAGCCUUAAGGAUAUGGCAGUCGGCAUUACAGCUCAUCUGCACGCUGAUGGAGUGAUAGUUUUUCUGUUCAUGUUGUUGUUAAUAUUUUGAUUGUCACAAUGAUGAGGGUGAACGUGUGU